AUCAACACACUUUUGUACUGUACGGUGUUGUUUGUAUGUUACAGUCUCUGUUUUAUCAGUGAUUCAGUGAGUCAUUAGUGAUUAAUUCCGUUACAUUGUGGAUAUUGUGGUGUGCCAAGUUACUUCGGUAAGUCAUCGAACCAGAUAACUCGAGCAAAAAAUGAACCGUUCAAACCCUGGCGAUGGAAACCGCGAGGGGGAAGCCACAGGUGGCCCGUCGUGGUGGGAGAUCGCGGCUGGCGUGGUCGGCGGCGCGGCCGCGGUCGGAGGGCUCAUCUAUGCACUCUCCUCAUCGAGGCCUGGACCUCAGACAGCAUCAGCACAGAGUCCAAGUCCACCACCAGCACAGACCCCGAGUACACCGCACACUUCCAGUGAUGAGGACGACAGGCAAUCACCGCCAUCUGUAAGAAGUUCAUCAGUGACAACAGCCGCUAGAUAUCUUUAUAGCCGGUUGGACUACAUUCCAGAAAGUGCAACCACAAUACCUUACUCAUCCAUACCUGAGAAUCCAGUAAUUACAAAUCUCAACAGCUUACUCGAUGAUAUCUACGUGAGAUAUGUGGCCCUCAAGAACGAAGACUUCAACUUAUACUUCGGAGUAUUUAGCCAGUUGUUUGACAAACUACAAACAGAGAUGAAAUUAGUUGAUAAAUAUUACAAUAAAUACUCAAGCAGGAAACAAUUCGCCGGAAGUCACUUCGACGGUCUGCGGAUAAAACGUCCGGACGAGUUUGACAUGGACAUCGUGAUCGGCCUGCCGCUGAACUUCAGGGCCGACCCGAGCGGGCACGACGACAUCGCGCUGCAGCCGCUCGCCCCGGGCUACGUGCAGCUCAAGCUGGGCCAGCAGUUCCGCCGCCUGCCGCAGCGCGACGCCGCCGACUGGCUCGUCAACCGCACCGCGUACGAGUGGAAGGACGACAAGGACUUCCUACUCAGAAACAAAUUCAUCGACUGGUUCAAAAGCGUAGUCCACAGAGCCCUCAACCGGUUCGAAGACGAAGGCCGCGGUCGCAAGAUUAUAAGGAUCGACGGCGUGCCGUACACGAUACGGACCACGGAGAGCGGGCCGGCGAUCACGUUUAUAGUGGAGAAUGCGAGCAGAGACUUUAAGUUGGACGUAGACUUUGUGCCUGCGCUGAAGUUCCCGGAGGCUCGCUGGCCGAUCUGCCGCGGCUACCGGGCGGUGCCGCCGGGCUGCGCGGGGCAGGACUUCAUGCUGGUGCCCAAGCCCAACAAGGCCGCCGCCUGCGUCUGGGACGAGACCCGUUGCUGGCGCAUCGCCAUGCACGACCAGGAGAAGAAACUCAUGUACAAUUUGUCCAAUCUGAAGCCAACUCUUCGAUUGUUGAAAAAGCUCCGCGACGCCCAAGGAAUGGACAAAAUAGCAAGUUAUUACAUAAAGACAAUUUUCUUCUGGGAGAUAUUGGCGCGUCCAUUUGAUAGCGCGUUUUGGAAGCAAGGGCGCGGCACUCUGUUCAAAAUCAUGGUCGAAAGGUUAUACGAGUGUGUAAACAAAGGUGAAAUACUGUAUUUAUGGAACACUGAUCUUAAUCUUCUUGGUCAGGUCAACAGGGCUACUUUGAACGGCUACGCGGCAAAGUUGCAAUGUCUGAUGAGAGUGUUACAGGACCCGUCGCAAUACAAAUUGGUAGCCAGAUAUUUACUAACUCCAGAGGAGCAAAGGGCAUACGCAAGAUUUUUGAUAUAAUAGAAUAAGAAAUACAGUUCCUCUACAUCUAUAUUAUUAUUACUUACAUUUAUUACGGAUAAGUUUCAUAAAGGAUAGGUCGUUGUAGGCCAUGUUUAAUAUUUGAGACAUCAGAUCUCAAUAAGUAUUUACUAUUAUAGAAGUACCUAUAUAUUUUAUAUGAUUAUUGCUAAUAUUAAUGUUCAAAUGACAAAUAUUUUAUAAUAUAAUACUUUAUAAAA